AUGGCGAAAAAGCUCAUCGCUGUCCUUGGUAUUACGGGAAUUCAGGGUGGCUCCGUCGCUGGCCGAUUUCUCACUCACGCCGAAUGGCAAGUACGCGGGCUUACACGCAAUCCCGGCUCGACCAACGCGAGAGAAUGGGCGAGCCGAGGAGUUGAGAUCGUCAAGGGCGACCACGAUGAUCUAGAAUCACUCAGAACUGCCUUCAAAGGCGCACACGCUAUAUUUGCCGUCACUGAUUGGGCCGCAAACUUCUGCCGGAUCAGUGAGGACAGGGCCCUGCAGGAGAAAGCAAGGACUGCAGGGCGUUCAAUUGAGGAAUACGCCGGAGACUUGGAAAAGGCGCAAGGUAUCAACAUCGCAAUUGCCGCUUCUGACCCGAACGUCCUCUCAACCCUGGAGAGGUUUGUCUUCUCAACAUUGCCCGCGGUGCAGAAGAUCAGUGACGGCAAGUACAAGCAUUCUUACGAGUUCGAUUCCAAGGCCGGAGUGGAGAGCUACAUCCGAGAAGAGCUUUCAGAGCUUCGGGCCCGGCUGAGUACCGUAACAAUGGGCGUCUUUCAAGAGACGUGGAAGGACAUCUCCGCGUUCAGGCCACACAAGCAGCCCGACGGCGUAUUUGAAUAUGUGCGCCUGAAAGUCCCAGGCUCGCAUCAAACAAACCCCGAGGUCGUAGCCACCCGAGACACGGGUGCGUUUGUCGAGGCGUUGGUUCUUCAUCACCCAGCUGGUACGGACGUCUUGGGCGCGAGUGAAAUUGUCACGAAGGCAGAGUACGCAGCAAUUUGGGGUCGCAUGUUGGGAGUCAAUGUAACAGUGAGAGACGUCUCAGAGGAAGAAUACGUAAAGCACGUCCCAAAGGGAUUGGAGGUCACCAUACUGGAUGAUUUCAAGUUUUUUGCUGAAUAUGGAUACGCCGGUGGGAACCCUAAUAUCAAAACUCCGGCGGAACUGGGGAUCAAGACAACCUCUGUGGAGGAAUUUUUCCGAGGUGAGGAUUGGAGCUCAGUGCUGAAAGGAGAGAUCUAA